UUGUCUUGAAGAUGGGUUUGGAAAGUGUUUGUGUGCCUCAGGAAGGCAAGCUGGGUCCCUGGCUGUCAGGAAAAUAAAAUUAGUAAGUUCAGUAUUGUAUCUGGUGUGAAUGGGAGAGCUGCACCUCCCAGUGCCCAGCUUUACUGUAAGUUGGUGCUUUGAUGGACUUGACAACAUAUUUCUAAAGUCACUGUGAAACAAUGUACCUGGAUUCCUGUAAACAAUAACAGCAGUAAUGUUCAGCCUUUGUAUGUUCUCCUUUGUAGGCAGUUACUGCAGUGAAUGGUGAGGCCUCAGUAUUUAACCUCCUGUAGUAGAAACUCUGUAGAUGCUGUUGAUCUCAUGCAUGGUUUUAAUUCUGCGUUUGUUUUGCUGGUGUGGUAUUUUGUGAUGAAGUUAUAUUUGAAUUUAAUUGAUAAGUACAUUUAUAAUAAAUUACUUGUGGAAAGGGUGCUGUUGUUUCCUGGUUUGAUUUUUUGAGUGGUUGAAUUUUAUUUGGUUAGGGUGGAGAAGUCUGUUUUAGUGUGACUCUUAAAUAAACCAGAGAGAGAAUCUAAGGGAAAUACUUACUAACCUUAGACUGACACAUUUCUUGUAUUCUCAUCUAGUAUCAAAUUGAAUUUGUUCCACACAGUCAUCAGACUCACUUUGGAGUUAAAACUGUAAAAUAAUAUCUUUCUGUGGAAUAUUUGCUGUUCAGGGUGUGCCUUUUUCUAAAAUGAGAGAACAGGGAGGCAGAAGCGAACUUUAGUGAUGAAAACUGAAAACAGGAAAUAAUUUAAAAUACACUGAGCAAGGAAAAAAAGAGGAAACAUAAAUGAGUGCACUUGCUGAUCAAGAUCCUCAAUGUUAUUUAAUAUUGCUUAACUUUUGGAAAUAUCAGCUAGCCCUACAGCAGUAGAGCUGAGCAGGUUGGAGACUUUGCUCUUGCCUGUGUUUUGAAUGUUACAGUUCAGAAAGUGCAAGGUGAGGCAGCUCUCAUGGCUGUGGCAGUGUUCCUGUGCAGCCUGGGGUGUGCAACCCUGCCUGGGAGCCCUGGGUUUGUUCCUGGCAGCCCAACCUCCACAGGCAUCAGAACUUGUCAAGUGUUUCCACCCUGCCUUGGCUGUUGUAGGAUUUAUUGUUAGCUCUGUUAGGCCUCAGCCUUGAAAACCUAAGGGUCUGAGACAGCUUUUAACAUAUUAGACAAGGUUCAGCCACGUUUCUUUCCUGUGUUUGACGCCCUUGCAAGUUUCUUCUGUGUGAUUUGCACUGUUGGGUCUGUGUUGCCCUCUCAGGAUUUGUCCGGAGCUGCUGGCUGAAGAUGUCUCUAAGUCCCUGUUCUGCUGCAGGAGAGCAGAAGAAAGUGCUUUGCUUUAGAAACGGCCUUUUUAGUGUAACACAGGGGAUGUUAGUGCUGAAAGGUGUAUCACACAAGUGCAGGACUUGGGCUAUAUGUACAUGAAGGAAGCAAGGGUUAGUCUAAAUGCUGUGUAUUUUGGAAAAUUGAGAUUAUUUCAGUUAAUGUUCAGAGUGACUUAUGCAAACAUCUUGGUAUUUUUUCACAGUCCUUUGUAUUUUCUUGAAAAUGAGCUUGCUGCAUCUCACGAGUCUUACCGUGAUUAAUAAAUUAUAAUGGAGUAAGAUGGUUAUUCUAUUCAAAUAAAGCAUUUAAUCUUCUCUCCACUGAACCCAUAUUCUUUUGUAGCAUUGACUGUGUGUAGCAAACACGCUUUGAUCUUCAGGAGCAGAGUGGGACAGCGUUAUCCGUCAGCCUCCUGUGAAUUCAGUGUCCUAUCUAGAGCAUCACUGUGUGUUCUGUGCCAAGGUCUUUGUGGCUAGGCUGCUCCAACCUGGUAGAGAGCAUGUGCGCACUGAGAUGCCUGCAGAGCAUGCCCAGUGUCAGAUGUCUCCAGAACACGUCAGUAAUGGAGGAUCAGAAUGAAGAUGAGUCUCCAAAGAAAAAUACCUUGUGGCAGAUAAGUAAUGGAACUUCAUCUGUGAUUGUCUCAAGAAAAAGACCAUCGGAAGGAAACUACGAAAAGGAAAAAGACUUGUGUAUAAAAUACUUUGACCAGUGGUCUGAAUCAGAUCAAGUGGAAUUUGUGGAACACCUCAUUUCCCGGAUGUGUCACUAUCAGCAUGGACAUAUUAACUCCUACCUGAAGCCCAUGUUACAGCGGGACUUCAUCACUGCGCUGCCAGAGCAAGGCUUAGAUCACAUAGCAGAAAACAUCCUUUCCUAUCUCGAUGCCAGAUCCUUGUGUGCAGCAGAGCUGGUGUGUAAGGAGUGGCAGAGAGUCAUCUCGGAGGGGAUGCUGUGGAAGAAGCUCAUUGAGAGGAUGGUACGCACAGACCCGCUCUGGAAGGGGCUCUCGGAGAGGAGGGGUUGGGAUCAGUACCUGUUUAAAAACAGACCAACAGAUGGGCCCCCCAAUUCGUUUUACAGGUCCUUAUACCCAAAGAUAAUCCAGGAUAUAGAGACUAUAGAAUCCAACUGGAGGUGUGGAAGGCACAACUUGCAAAGGAUCCAGUGCCGCUCUGAGAACAGCAAAGGGGUCUACUGUUUACAGUAUGAUGAUGAGAAGAUCAUCAGUGGCCUACGAGAUAACUCCAUUAAGAUUUGGGACAAAACAAGCUUAGAAUGUUUGAAAGUAUUGACGGGACAUACUGGCUCAGUUCUUUGUCUGCAGUAUGAUGAAAGAGUUAUUGUAACUGGAUCUUCAGAUUCUACAGUGAGAGUCUGGGAUGUGAACACAGGGGAAGUUCUGAACACGUUGAUCCACCACAACGAGGCCGUGCUCCAUCUGAGGUUCAGCAAUGGGUUGAUGGUGACGUGCUCCAAGGACAGGUCCAUCGCCGUGUGGGACAUGGCCUCCCCCACGGACAUCACCCUGCGCCGCGUCCUGGUGGGACACCGCGCUGCUGUCAACGUGGUGGACUUUGAUGACAAGUACAUUGUGUCAGCCUCGGGGGACAGGACCAUCAAGGUGUGGAGCACCAGCACGUGCGAGUUUGUGCGGACGCUGAACGGGCACAAGCGCGGCAUCGCGUGCCUGCAGUACCGGGACCGCCUCGUGGUCAGCGGCUCCUCGGACAACACCAUCAGGCUCUGGGACAUUGAAUGUGGUGCCUGUUUAAGAGUAUUAGAAGGCCAUGAAGAGCUGGUUCGAUGCAUCAGGUUUGACAACAAGAGGAUUGUUAGUGGAGCCUACGAUGGAAAAAUUAAAGUUUGGGACUUGCAAGCUGCUCUUGACCCUCGUGCCCCAGCAAGUACGUUAUGCUUGCGUACGUUAGUGGAACAUUCAGGACGUGUCUUUAGGCUCCAGUUUGAUGAAUUCCAGAUCAUUAGUAGUUCCCAUGACGAUACAAUUCUGAUUUGGGAUUUCUUAAAUGUGCCACUGAGUGCCCAGAACGAGACCCGCUCUCCAUCUAGAACAUACACCUACAUCUCCAGAUAACAGUCUGCACUUUACUGCCCUCAGAAGGGUUCCACAGUCUUGAACUACUGGAUUUUUGGCUACUACAUGCCUGAAGAUGAUUGACAGCUAAAGUCAGAAUUGGUUCUAGAUGCUGUGUAGAUGCAAAGCAGCACAAUUCUAUAUCUAAAUUUCUUAAUCUUUCCUGCUCUCAGUGGUCGUCUUUGAAUUUGCUACAAAUUCACUGACUUGGAGUAGAUGAGUUUCAGAAGCCUAUCCUUCCCUGCUGUGAGAAAUCCAAAGCUUCACAUGUAAAUUGUCCGUAGAAACUGAACUCUGAUGGCUUGUUUUUCAGAUAUAAAUCAGAAGUCAAGAAAGGACUUGGCCUAAUUUAUAUUGCUUUGCACUUUUGUCUGACUUUAAAGAAAACAAAAACAUUCUCCAGUGAAAUUUGGGUGCCAAACACAUGCCCAGAAUGUACAGAGCUUUGCUUUCCAGUCACCACUGUCCUCUAGGCGUUCCCCAUGGCAGGUUCAGAGCCCGUUCUGUUCCAUAGGUGUACGUUGGACUCUUAGAAAUAUUUCUGAGUUGCUCAGUAAUAUUUUUGGAUUACAGUUUACUUGUUUAUGCACCAAUAAUUUCUUUUAAAUUAAAGAUUCCCUGUAAUUCAGGCUAGGUUAUCUGAACUAGUUGUAUAGCACUGUCUUUUCCUUUGCCCUGUGCUCUGUACUCGCCGUCCUGCGCUUCCUGAUGUUCGCUGUAGUCCCCCUCCUUCCCUGUGUGCUUCCCUCAUCUCGGAUACUGUGUAAGCAUGUAGAUACCUUGUACAUACAGCAGAGCCUCUGGUGCCAGCCUCAGGGUGUCCUGACACUACACACUAACACUCAGCGUGGUGGCACUUGGCAGCAGGAUGUCCCAACCCCUGGCACUGGUGGUAAUAUGAUUACCUAGACACUGUCUCUGCAAAAGGAGGUUUUCAGUAUUCAUUAGUUGGGUUUUUGUUUUUGUUAUUUUUUGGGUUUUUUUUUUAAUGGGAACUGCAUAUUUUAAAAUGUAAUUUCUAAACUUUUUAAAAAUUAAAAACUGUUUAAUUUAUGUUCUGUAUUCUAUAUUUUUGUGCCGCGGGAUUUGCAGCUGUGUGUCUCUGACACCAGUGGGGCCUCACAGCCCCCGUUGAUGUCCUCGGUAGCAUUAGUUUGGCUGCUCAGUGGAGAAGAUACCAUGGGCCAAAGUUCCAUUAUUUAUGUUUGAUUUGUGACACUUCCUGACAGUGAGAGGAGCUCGUUCCAGUCACCGCUCUGCUUCCUGUGCCCAUUCCGUGCUGGUUUCCCAGGAGGAUUGGCUGCCGUGUCUUGGCUCCUCCAUGCUUUUGUUAGGGAGCCUUCAUAGCUGCUUCUUCAGUUCUGGCAUUGUCCCCUCUCAUCUGUGUGGCCACACAAACCCCCGUUGUCCUCGGGCCAGGAGGAGACUGGAGCAACGCAAAAUGGAUUUUCUGUCUGGGGCGGCCCCGUGGCUGCUCUGUGCCCACGGCGCGGCGCGGCCGUGCGGGGAGGGCACGGCUGGCACGGGCUGCUGCCAUUCCCUGUCUGUGUCCGUCUGGGCAGUUCUGUGCUGGCAGCAGCUCCUGGCUCUGGGGUUGUUGCCUUGCCCUGUGCAGUCCCGGGGUGGGUGGUGCUGAGGGGAGCGAGGGAGCUCGAGGUGUCACCAGCCCAGCCCCUCCCAGGGUCACUGCAGGGCCUCCCCUCCCCACCUCCCUGUUACUCCAGCUAUUUAUUCAUCCAGAUGAGCAAAUGUGAUGAAGUCAAGAAGAGCAAACUCGCUCCUGAGCGUCCAUGAGGUCACUUUUUGGUAAGCUUGACAGUAGUUCGUGCAAGUGUCUUACUUUACCCCUCUCAUCUAACAGCUUUACUAUUAAACUGUUUAAAAAACAGAGAUCUUUUGCAGCCCUGAAGAAAAAGGUUCUUUGUUUCUGAAGAGCGGAGUCCUUUUAUUAAAAAUGCAUGUGUAAGAUUUAAAUUCCUGUUUUUCCUUGGGAGAUAAUGGUAUUUGGACAUGCAGUCUAAACUUCUUUGUGCUUUGUGUAACAUAACAGUGGACUUUUGUGAUUGGCACCCAAGGAACUUGACUCCUGGGAUUCAUGGUAGUGAUCCUGGCUGCACUCUGGACUUUGUUUUGCUAACCAUAAUUGAGCAACUGUACAUUACUGCGAUAUUAAUGUUUCAAAGCACUGGGAUAGUCUAAUUCUAACUUGUAAUUAUGUUUGCCAAUUACCUGUUUGGAAAGUUGGUGUAUGAACAGCUUCUUGAAACUGUUAAAUUGUACAGAUAUUGUUCAUGAUCUAAAGCUUUGUACUGUGGAAUGUGCUUAAUAAAAAAAAGUUUGAACUUAAUUUGUCACA